CUCACUUCCAUCAAGCGCCAUGCAGCAGCUUCAUUGCUGAUUCCAGCCAGCUUCUCAAUCCUCGUGCAUGCCUGGCCUGCGUGCAAUUGACGCUCGCCUUCGAUUCUGAGCAGCUCUCGCGACACUCCACACACGCUCUUCUACGCCGAACCACGCCUUCCACGCCGCUGUCCCCCGCCCACUUUGCGCUUCGCUCACCUUUUGCCUCUUCCUUUGCGAUUUGCGCUUUUGUUCACCUCUGCGCUGCGUGCUGCCAACUUCUUUCCGACCUUGCAGUAUGCUUCGACGCUCAUCACGCGGCGGUGCGAUUAUCUGACCGUAUAGCGGUAUCGCGUAUUCCCUCUCAUCCUUCCUGCGACCUCCUCGCCGCAUUGGGUCCACAAGGAUGCGAAUCGUCACGUGGAACGUGAAUGGGCUCAAGACCAUUCGGCAUUAUCGGCCAUGGAUCAACUUGUCAAGUUGGUCAGAUUGUCUGGACCACCUCGAGGCCGACAUCGUGUGUUUUCAAGAGGUCAAAGCUACGCGCAAGGUGGUGUUGAACGAUCGAGAUAUGUGCUUGCCACAAGCAUACACCAGCUACUUUGAUCUGCAUCCUACCAAAGGCUACUCGGGCGUGGUCACCUACAUCAAGGACUCCAGCUGCAGACCACGUGCCGCUGAGCGUGGCAUCACUGGCACCAUAGCUCAGCCCAGAAGUAUCGGUUGCUACCCGGAUCCGCGCGAUGAAGCAGUGUGGGAGUCGAUCGAUGCGGAAGGAAGAGCUUGCGUGAUCGAUUGCGGUCUCUUCGUCCUCUUCAACUUGUACUGCCCAAACGAGACGGACGAGAGCAGGAGAGAGUACAAGAUGGCGUUCAAUGCUGCUUUGCAAGAACGCGCCCAUCGCCUGCUGGAUGCUGGCAGGCACGUCAUCAUUCUUGGCGACAUCAACGUUGCACAUCUUCCUAUCGACCACUGUGACUCUGUUGGCCGCGAGUCGGCUUCCGAUUUUCUGAGCGCGCACCCGGCACGUGCCUGGUUGGACUCCUUUUUGGCUCCACGAGGGAGAUUUCACGACGUCACGCGGAUGAAGCAUCCUGGUCGAAAGGGCAUGUAUACAGUGUGGAAUACUCUGAUAGAUGCCCGACCAGCGAAUUACGGCACGCGCAUCGACUAUAUCCUAAUUGACGAAGGCUUGAUACCUUGGUUCAAAGACUCAGACGUGGCUCAGGACGUCUACGGCAGUGACCAUUGUCCAGUUUGGAUCGACUUGCACGACGAGAUCAUAGAUCGAAAUGGCAAGAAGAACCAUCUGCGAGAUGUGCUGGGUGGCGGCGAGGCGCAUGCUGCUAGGAAGGCCCCACCGCUCGCCAGCUGCAAUUGGCCUGAACUCAGCCAAAGAGGUAUUAAAAGCUUCUUCGGAGGCUCUGCCGCGUCGCCUGCCCCCGUAGCCUCUGGACAGGUUUCGCCUCAACUCGGCGAGCCUGACACAAGUCGGGCCGCCCACGAUGAUAAGAUGGAACUGUCGACAUCAACGUCAGUGUCCAGAAACUCCGCCAGCCCUAUCAAACCCAACUCUCCUUCACAAGUGGAUACAUUCCCCGCAUCACCUUCGGCGACGACAUCAGCUAGCACAGCCAAGAGACGCAAGUCGGACGCAAACAUCUUCGCAAAGGGUCGCAGCUCUUCGAAGCUUCUCAUUGCUUCCAAUUCUAGAGAAAGCAAAGCGAAUGGGCGCGACAAGGAUCAGGGACAACUGAAACUGAAGAGCUUCUUUUACAAAGCCUCCGGCGAGACAGCAGAGGCCUCUCGCGUGGCGAAGGAGCCUGCCACGCAUCACAUUGAUAUGACGAAGGAGGAUUCACCACGCACACCGUUGCCCCAGUCUAGCGUAGAUACCUCUUCGAGCAUCACGAGACAUGAGCUCGAGCAGUUGAACGCCCCCCGAGUCGACACGCAGCAAAGCUCCAGCGCCGAUGCGGGAUUAACAGACGCAGACGGAGGCAAGAUCACAGAAGGCCAAGAAGUAGCAUCGGGCUCGCAAGCGAAAGACGCACCCGCAGAUGACGCGGCCACGCGAGUUUCGACCUCUUUGGCAUGGGGUUCCAUCUUCGCUCCGCCUCCCGCACCACUCUGUCGGGUGCACGACGAAGUUUGCACAGCAUGGACAGUGAACAAAUCGGGGCCAAAUCACGGACGCAAGUUUUACCUGUGCUCCAGACCUGUGGGACAUGGGUAUGAGCGAUCCGGAAGAGACAAGAAGGACGUGGACCGGCAGUACAGGUGCGAUUUCUUUUGUUGGGCCAAUGAGGGCAGAGCGAAAGCGGCGAGAGCGAGCGCGCGCAGUCGAGUGGAGAACAAUGCUGGCAAGGAGCCCGGCGGCGAGGCGACACUUAGAGAUGUGGCUUGCACUGCACCUGCAUUAGGCAGUGGAGACAAGCGAGGAAGGUCGUUCGGCAAACGAUCGAGCAGUGACAGUGUCAAGGCGGAAGAUAGAUCGCCGAUUCAGCGUUCGGAUGACGAUGUCAAGGAAGCUCACAAACGCGUGAAAUGGUAGUCUCUAGAGCUACUCAUGAUUCGUGGCCCUCCCACGCUUCAACCAUGAGGAUCCUUCCUCGCUGCUCUCCGAGCAAGGGUCUUCGACGCCGAUCAAUUGUAACAGUUCACAUGCAUUGUAUUCGUAUUUCUUCGUGGAGAGAUCUAAGGGCCAGACGUGUAAUCAAUUGGUUCGCG